AAUUAAAUAAUUAAUUUUAUCAAUUAAAUACAGUUAAAAGAUGAAUCGAGACAGAGCUAUUAACUUUAAUAGUUGUGAAAUUCACAUUCUUGUCGACUUGGUGUCAAAGGACCGCUACAUAAUCGAGAAUAAGAGAAAUGAUGUCGCCACAAACAAAGAAAAGGAGGCGACAUGGAACAAGUUAUCCAUAAACUUCAAUGCCGUGUCCGGGUUUACACCUAGAACGGCUAAGACGCUUAAGUUGAAGUAUGAGAGCCUGAAAAAAGCGAUCAGAAGAAAGAUUUCCAGACAUAUCGAAUUAGGAAAUGCGGGGGAGCCGAACCUGUCUGACAUUGAGAAGACAAUUCUCAACAUUUAUUCAAACGGCGUCGAUUCGCGUAAUGAUAGUGAGAAUGUCAUAGAAUUUCGAGUGAAAAGUGAAAACUCUGAUGAAGAUAUAAACGAAAGAAAUUUACUGAAGACGCCCGAGGAUGUUGACUAUGUUAUACCAGAUGUGAUGGACGAUACAACGGUUAUUGAAAACAAACGAAAAACUAUCUCCAAAGGACAAUCUCAAAAAACAGUCAGGAAGAAAGUUGAUGGAAUUUCCAAUAUAUAUUCAUCCAACGUCGCUACUGCUAAGCUGGAAUUGAUAGAACUACAGAAGAAUAUAGCGAGUAGGGAGCAUGAUUUUGUUCAUGAAGAACAUAAGCUUAAAAUGCAGCAUUUGCUUAACGAGGAAAAAAGGAAACAAGAAAUUCACGAUUUUCUACUGAGAAAACAAACAUAGCUUUAUAAUUAACGUGGACUAUUAUAGUACCGUGUAAAAUAAUGACAACCAUGAUAACAAACACCGUCCCAUAUUUAGUCCACGGUUUAUAAUAAUGCCCAAACUGUCUUAACUUGUUUGGUUAGUAAACGUUCUUAGACAGAAUUUAAAGAUAUGUAAUACUGUAAUUGAUUUAGUUUUAUGCCAAAAAUAAAGUUAAAAUGUA